GUGCUUUAUUGCUCCUGCUCCACUUUACUUGCGCAUAGAGAAAACUUUUCCAGAUCAGAGAAGCUUCGGAAACUUUUUACGGCGGCGAUUCAGUCGGAGAAGAUGAAGAUCUUCGUCAAGACUCUCAAAGGAACUCACUUCGAAAUCGAUGUCCAGUCUCAGGACUCGGUUGCUGAUGUGAAGAAGUCGAUAGAAACUUCUCAAGGUGCGGCGGUGUAUCCCGCUGCGCAACAGAUGCUGAUCCAUCAAGGAAAAGUACUCAAGGACGGCACGACGCUGGAAGAAAACAAAGUUGCCGAAAAUAGCUUUGUUGUGAUAAUGUUGUCAAAGAGUAAGAGCUCGUCUACUGAGGGUUCAAGUGCAUCAACUGCGACUACGACCAAGGCCCCACAGCCCAGUACACCUUCAUCUGCUCCAACUGUAACGUCCCCGACACCUCAGGCUCCUGUCUCAGCACCGCCGGCAUCUGUUACCACGCCAGUUCUUGUCACUUCAGCCGCAACAGAUUUAGACUAUGGGCAAGCAGCAUCUGAUCUGGUAGCUGGAAAUAAUUUGGAAGGAACAAUUCAGCACAUUCUGGACAUGGGUGGAGGAACCUGGGAUAGAGAUACUGUUGUACGUGCUCUUCGUGCUGCAUUCAACAACCCGGCUAGAGCAAUUGAUUACUUAUAUUCAGGCAUCCCUGAGCAACCUGAAGCUCCAGCUGCAGCUCGUAUCCCUGUGAGUGGUGUAGCUGCAAACAUUUCGGCUCCUCAAUCAGCACAACCAGCAUCUGCUCCUUCAGCAGGACCUAAUGCCAACCCUUUAGACCUCUUCCCCCAGGGCCUUCCAAACCUGGGUGCUGGUGCUGGUACCGGUGCAGGUAAUCUGGAUUUUCUGCGUGACAGCCCACAAUUUCAAGCACUACGAUCUGUGGUGCGGGCUAAUCCACAAAUACUGCAGCCUAUGCUUCAAGAGUUGGGAAAACAAAAUCCUCAGCUUGUAAGGUUAAUUCAACAACAUCAGGCUGACUUCCUUCGCCUGAUUAAUGAACCAGUUGAAGGUGCAGAAGGGGAUUUGUUGGGGGAUGCAGCAAUGCUACAAGCAAUAUCUGUCACUCCCGAAGAGCAUGAAGCCAUAGAACGUCUUGAAGCAAUGGGCUUUGAUAGACAACUUGUAUUGGAGGUGUUCGUUGCCUGCAACAGGAAUGAAGAAUUGGCUGCAAACUACCUCUUAGAUCACAUGCACGAGUUUGAGGAGUGAUCGAAGGUAGAUUGGUGGUUCAAUCCCCUCAUCAGAAAUGGGGGGAGAAAAAUCUAAAAAGCCCCUUAUGGGUUCCUACCCUUUGUAAUUUUAUGGCAUCAUUUUCACAUUUAGCUGUUUUUGAAAUUUGGUGCUUCGUUGAUAUGGAUUGUUUAUAGGAUUAUUUAUGGUCGAUAAUGAACAAGUAGCGUCUCUACUCUGUCGCUCUUCGUUCUCUA